AUGGCCGAAGAUAAUUGUUCAAGGAUAAGGGCUGGAGUUUCUAUGCGGGAUGCUGUCAUGAACAAACAGUUAGUUAAUGGGGAGAUUGAAGAUGAUCACCGAAAAAAGUUGGACGAAGAAUUGCAGUCUCAAACAAAUCAGGAAUUGGUACGAAUGUGGGUUAAGUUGCUGAAAGACAUUUGGAUUGGUGAGAAGAAAGCUGUUAAGGAGGAAUUAUGUCAGUCAGCGCUGAACCAAAUAUUCGACGAAUGCGAAAAUCCGAUGAAAACUGCUCUUGUUUUGCAUAAAUUGUGUCCAGAUUAUGGGAUGCAGAAGGCAUCAAGUCUAGCUGGUUUUGUUUUGCGCCAUUUCGAACAGUGGCUACAAAAAACGAAACGAAAUGGUGAACUGUAUGGAAAGCUAGAUCGGAAUCUGAAGAUUGAAGCUUUCGCUGUCGGCACAAGCAAACAUACAAUACAUCUGGAACUUAUCACUAGUAUAUUUCAAUUGAAAACUGAUGAUAUGAUGGACUAUAUCCUUCAAGCGGUGAAAGACAUGGUGGUGGUGGCAAAUUAUCGUGACGCUAUCUCUUGUGCAACAUUAUUUAGAUUGCAAUCCCACUUUACACUUAAUGAGUUAGUUAUUCCAUGCAUGCUGCAAGAUCGUUUUAUUGCAGUCGACGCAUUUAUCAAAAAUGAAAGAAAAAUGCAGGAAGAACUUGUACGACAUUUUGAUAACCUUAUUGGCCUCGAUGAACGAACAAUUGCUCAUCGUUAUGAGGAUUUUCGCAGAAGAAAAAUUAUGACCAUUUCAAUAUCAAGGUUGCAAAACAAGGCAAUUGAAAAGUUAGUCACCAAACUGCUAGCAACAUACAAUUUACCACCUGAGGAAGUAGCACCAAAUUUAUCUCGCCUUAGACGAGAAGGUGCUCUCAGACACAUGGCUUUUAUGUAUUUCGUUGAACGUCGUAUUACCGAAGAAGGAUAUUUUGAUUAUGUAGCUCAAGCUUUACAAUCGGAUUUGAGCCUGCAGAAAUAUUUCAUCAAUUAUCUUUGCUCAAACGGCUGGAUCAAUGAUGCUAUUCGAUGGGUUGUUUUUUGCGACAUGAUCAGUUGUGCUCCUCGCAUUCUGCAGCCUUAUUUGAUGGUGUCAGAGAGGGCGAGUAUUACAAACGUGGAACUGUUUCCAGGUCAUCCUAUCAAAGUGAUUGCAAAUCUUAAAGAUCUGGAGGAGCUUUAUCCCGUUAUUGAAGAAGCCGACUUAAUUGGAAUAGAUACUGAAUGGAAACCCUUGUUUAUUUGCACAAAUGAAAGGGUUGCACUUUUCCAAAUUUGUGUUCAACACUGCAGUUACCUUGUCGAUGUUAUCACUUUAGAAAAUGUAUUAACAGAAGAACAGUGGACACGAUUCUUCAAAGCUUUAUUUUGUGACAGCACUGCAAUAAAAUUAGGGUUCGAUUUUCUAAACGAUCUGAAGGUUUUGCGUGCUUCUUACCCUUAUCUACAACCCUUGGAAGAGAUGAAGAAUGUGGUUUGUAUAUUGAAACUGGUGAAAAGCCUUCUGGCUUCGAAUCCAGCAUUUCUCGACUUUAGCGAUUCAAUUAACCUUCCAUUAUCAAGCGAAACUGAAAAUUUGUUGGAUAUUGUUUCUGAUGAAACAGUGCAUUUUCGACUAACUGAUUUAUGUCGGAAAGUACUUGGUCAGGCUCUGGAUAAAACAGAGCAGAUAGGUAAUUGGGCUAUGCGCCCUCUUCGCCGUGAGCAGAUGAAGUAUGCAGCUAUGGAUGGUUACUGUUUAUUGAAUCUUUAUAAUAAGUUAAAGAUAAGAGCUGAAAGAGAUUACAAUAUGGAUUGGACUAAGCACUGGAAGGAAUGUGAUAUUGCUCAAAUAAAGUCCAAAGAGAAUAAAAUCGAGAAGAGGACCAAAAAGAAAGGAACCAAAUUUGAUGAAAAAGAAUUUGAACAAAUGAUUGAACGUGUAAAUUCUGACCUAAGUAAUGCACAAGUGAAAAGGAAACCAAAAGAUUUGAAGGUUAUUGUCGAUUCAAUGAUACUUGGUUUGGGCAAGCAUCUCAGAAGAUGCGGCAUUGACACGUUAUUAGCAGAAACACGGAGUUACUUGAUUGAAUGCGCAGAAAGAGACCCAAGUCGGUAUAUAAUAACGUGUGGAAAGGCGGUAGAUGAACUUCGAAGACAUCGGUUGUUGAGAGGAACACAUCGUGUAUUGUCUAUUCCAACCGCACAAAAUGUAAGCAUAAUUAAGCAGAUCGAAUUCAUCUUAAGACAGUUCAAUAUGUAUUUAUCCAAAGAUGAUAUUUUUUCACGCUGCAUGAAAUGUAAUUCGAAUUCCUUCGUGGUCGCUCCAUCUCCCGUGCUAGAAGCAAUGUAUCAGGCAAAUGUUGUCGCUUCAAAUCCAUUUAGCGGCGAAGUUUGCGAUGCUGCAAAAUACAGUGGAAAAAUGCGAGAAGCUGACGCGAAAAUAUAUUCUGGAUACGAAUGUAAUCUCGAAGUCAGUGAAAGUGAUCAUUCAUGGAUAGUUGCACAUUGUCAUAAUGGUGUCUUAGACAUCGAGAAUCGUCUAGUUGCUGCUCUCGGUUGUGAUAUGCCAGUUGAAGUUAAAAUAGAGAAAGUACCUUUGCAAGCUUUGCAAAAAAAAAGCAGGUCUUUUUAUGUCUGUGGUGUUUGUGGAACAGUAUAUUGGGAUGGUUGUCAUAUCGUUAAUUAUAAUGUGUUUGUUGAGCCUCUUUUGGCCGAAGAGAGAUAA